GUGGGUUAUCUGUCAGUGUGGAGUGUUUGUUGUUAAGUCAGUGGACAUUGUUUAUUGUUUGUUGGGCCGCAGUGACAGAUCAGGAUGUCAGGACAAAACAGUGAUCUGCUGCAUCGCACCACUCUGGGUAUUUAUACAAGCAUAAUGGAGCAGUUCAACCCAAGUCUGCAGAGUCUGGUGACCCUGGGAAACAGUUACAUUCAAGCUUUUCAAGCCCUUGCUGUCACAAGUGAGGCCUAUUUCAAUAAUCUUUCUAAGCUGGGAGAACAGGCCAUGCACAGUAUGUCCUCUCGCUCGCUGGGUGAUGUACUGAUACAGAUCUCAGAGAGUCAGAGAAGACUGACCAAUGAACUGGAGGGAGUGUUUCGCUGGUUCCACUCUGAGGUCCUCCAGGAGAUGGACAAUAAUGUCAGACUAGAUAAGGAUUACAUCUCGACCAGCAGGAGGCGUUAUGAAAUGGAAGUUAGAAACCAAGCAACAGCACUGGAGAGACAGAUGAGAAGAGGGGUCCCACAGGAUGGCAGUGAGUAUGUGCACUUUCUCAGAGAGAGUCAGAAAGAGGCAUUAAAGGAGGAAGAAAGAAGAUAUCGAUUCCUGGCGGAGAAACACUGUGGACUCACCCAGUCUAUUGCAUAUCUCAUGAACAAGACAGGGAGCAGUCUGAAGAACAGAGCAGAGGGAUGGAAAGAUCUGGUGAAUCACACAAGAGAAUCUCGUCCACGCACUCCUUCACGACUGGAGGAGAACACGAUUUAUGACCAGGUUAGCCGCUGGGCAGAGCAGCCUUUGGGGAGAGUUCCCUCUAGAGGCCCCUCCCCUCAGCCCAGUCGUUCCAGCUCCAUUUCGGGAUUGGCAGGAGGCAGAGUAAUGCGAGCACUGGUGCCCCACCCUCCCGCUGCAAACUCCACCCUCCUACCCUUCUCUCAGGGAGAAACCAUCACCCUACUUGUGCAGGAGCCAAGGAACGGCUGGCUGUAUGGCCGAUCUGAAAGCUCUGAACGGCCGGGCUGGUUCCCAGCUGCUUACGUAGGCCCCAUGGAUGAGCCACCUGGACCAUCUGUCUCCAGCAGCUCUCUCAGAAGCAGCAGCAGCAUGAGUAACCUCCUCGUCCUACCAGUGAGCAGCAGUCACUACGUGGCUCCGACCCCGCCUCCACCUCCACCCCCUCCACCAUCAUCAAUAAAAACUAGCGAAUCCCGGCCGAUCACCCCCACCCCUUCAGAAAACAGAAGACAAGAUAACAAUGGGCCAGAACUUUUUCCAAGAGGGACAAACCCAUUUGCAACAGUGAAGCUGAAACCCACCAAAACCAAUGACAAAUCAGCUCCACGGAUAUAAAGAAACAUUUCAAGCAAUGACAGUCCUGCAAGAUUUACAAAAAGACAUUCAUUUCCCAGAAUAAUUGUAUCAGUACAAAGCAUCACAGUUAAGAUAAAGAAACUCGGCAAUGAUCAAUGACUGGUCAUUAAAAGGCCAUUAAUAUAAUUAGAGAGGCCUUCAGAAUUGCGGUAAAAGAAAAUUGACCUUUGAAGAGGUAAUCUAUAAUUUCUAGUCUGCUGGAGGUAAUGCAAUAAGGGACACUCAGACAGUGAAAAUAACAAGUUUGUUUGCAGAUAUGACAUUAUUAACUGGUUUUUGUAUUGUGGAGUUGUGCCGACUAACUAAGAAAUGUAAAUGCAGGGACUCUGAUUUUCAAAGUCAGCUUUAUGUUCUCCAGAGAGCUGAGAUAAUUCAUCUUUUCUGGUCUUUUUCAUUAGUCUCUUUUCUAAUAAUUGUAUAUAAUUGACAUUUUGUGAGCUCAUAUGAUUAUUAUAUUUCUUUUUAAGUAACACAGGUUGUCUCUGAUGCACUUUAAAAUGAAUACAACUCUGUUUGUUGCCAUUGGGGAUGAUUUAACAGGUCUAUGUGAUUUGACCUCUGGGACCCUAGCUUCUCUGAUCAGCCGCUUUCGAUCUCUCUCUGGCUCUGUGCUUGAACUUUGUCUCUUAACUCAGUUAAUUCAGCUGACAUGCCCAAUUAUACACUGACCUCAAAUUGGGUGUUCUGUCUGCUUAAGUGCUUAUAAGGUAAAUGUUCUUUUUGACCUUGACAGUAAUUGGUGUGACCUUCUCCUGAGGUGUCAAACCAUUAGUGCUGCCCAUUUGAAGUGAUGUACAUCUUGUAUCUCAUUACCAUUUGUGAUGUUUUUGAGACUAUAAAGUUUGCUUUAUUGAUGGGUACUGCUAAAUAUUCAAAAUAGAGACAUAUGUGCUUAUUUCAUAACAGUGGUUUAUGUUAUAGUUAUGCUUGAACUUCCAAA